AUGUCCUCGGAUACCCCCUACGCUCCGCCAAGCGCCGAAUCGAUCAGCAGGGCCAUCGAGGCCCUGGCUGCCCGCAACGUAGACGCCGUUUUGGUGGGGAGCCGGGAGGCGGCAUUAACCAAGCUGCGGGAAUUGGUGCCCGAGGGUUGCGAGGUUUUCGUCAACACGUCGGAGACACUGGACGCCAUCGGUUACACGGAAUAUAUGCACGGUAACGACCGCUACAUCAACCUGCACGACCAGAUGAUGUCCCAGCCCGACCCGGCAUCCCAGAGGGAGUUCCGCCGCAAAACCACCACCGCCGACUACUUCGUGGGCAGCGUGCAGGCCAUUGCCGAGACCGGCGAGAUUGUCAUCGCCAGCAGCUCCGGCAGCCAGAUUGGGGCUUACUCCUACGGCGCCCGACGCGUCAUCCUAGUGGCGGGCACGCAGAAAAUCUGCCCCACGCUAUCCGACGCCGAGGCCCGCACCCGCGGGUUCACCCUGGAGCGCCACGACCGCUGGUUGGAAGGCCGGGGCGUAGCUCCCACUCCCAUCGGCAAAUAUCUCGUGAUGGAGCACGAGCCUGUAGUCGGCCGCAUUUCAAUGGUUCUCAUUCCCGAGAGCAUCGGCUGGUAAAACGGCCUCAAGGACAUCAA